CUAGCAGCUAUAGCUAGCUAUAGGACUAGCUAGAAGGAUGCAAAUGCAUCGUAAAAUGUGGAAGACUAUCUCUGAAAUCUGCACCAGUCUCUCUUGUUUGUUUGUUUGUUUUUUUUUCUUUCCUAUUUAGUGAGUAGAACUUGGAUUCAACAGCUAUCUUUAGUUGCUAUGGAUUAGAACUUGGAUUCAGCCACUGGUGCCGUAGCAAGCAGUAGGAGAGUGUUUAGCUAGGAUAUUUUAAUUAAGCUGCAGGUCGUGGUGGUGCAUGGCAGCUUAUUAAGCCAAGCAUGCAACGCGGGCUCCUUUUCUUCAACACAGCAUUAACACGUCUGCUCCCUUCGAACCAGACACUCGUCCCUACCUGUCUACACAGACACAGCCCUCCUCCGCGCUCCCCCUCCUCUCGCCUCCCCUCCUAUAAAUCCAUCUCCCCUCGAGUUGCACCGGUAGUCCAUACUCCAUCCAUAAGCAGAAGCAGCGCGCAAGUCCUACCAUAGCAAUAUAGCAUAGCUAGCACAUCGGAGACGAUCUAUCGACUAGCUCUAUAGCUAGUUAGCUCUUCCUUUGCUAGCCGUUUGCGCCAGUGACUGACGACGACCGACGACAUGGCCAACGGAGGGGCCGCCGCUGCCGCUGCCGCUGCUGCUGCCGCGACGGGCGCGGGGUCUCCGUGCGGCGCGUGCAAGUUCCUGCGCCGGCGGUGCGUGCCGGAGUGCGUGUUCGCGCCCUACUUCAGCAGCGACCAGGGCGCCGCGCGCUUCGCCGCCAUCCACAAGGUGUUCGGCGCCAGCAACGCCUCCAAGCUGCUGUCCCACCUCCCCGUCGCCGACCGCUGCGAGGCCGUCGUCACCAUCACCUACGAGGCGCAGGCCAGGCUCCGGGACCCCGUCUACGGCUGCGUCGCCCAGAUCUUCGCCCUCCAGCAGCAGGUCGCCAUCCUGCAAGCGCAGCUGAUGCAGGCCAAGGCGCAGCUGGCGUGCGGCGUCCAGGGCGCCGCCGCGCACUCGCCGGCGAGCCACCACCACCACCAGUGGCCGGACAGCGCCAGCAUCAGCGCCCUGCUCCGCCAGGACGCGGCGUGCAGUGCCAGGAGGACCGGCGGGCCCCUCGACGACUUCUUCACUCCGGAGCUCGUGGCCGGGUUCAGGGACGACGUCGCCGCCGCCGCCGGGCAGCAUUGCGCAGGCAAGGUGGAUGCCGGAGAGCUCCAGUACCUGGCCCAGGCCAUGAUGAGGAGCCCCAACUACUCCCUGUAGCCGUAGCUGUAGCUGCCUAGGAAGGAUGAUGAGAAUCAGACACCAUGCGUUUUGGAGCCAUGCCAUGCUGUGCCAUCUCUCAUCUCGAUCUCCACUCCGCUAAUGCAAGUGUUGAGAGAUGAGCUAGAAAUUCCUGCAAAAGGAAGUUAACAACUUGUACCAGCUAGUGAUGAAGUACUCUCCUUGUCUCUCUCUCUCUUUCUUUCGUUACUAUAUAUAUCAUCAGUGUUGUGUGAUCCUAUAUAAUCAUGAUGAUUAGUACUGCUAGUAUAAAUCAUACAUAGUGGUUGGCAAGCAUGCAUUUUCCCUCU